AUGGAUACUUGGUUUCGAACUGGAUCUUGUCGUAAGACGAAGCUGUCAAAUGAUGAAGGAACUAGUAGUAGUGGAACUACUAGUAGUGAGAUUGUUGAUGUGUCAAGUUUGAAUAUAACAAAGAAAACUAAAAUAUAUUUUCGUAAGUAUAACCCUGACUUUUUAAAAAUCGGGUUUGUAUUUUUUGGUACUGAGGAGGAGCCUAUGCCGCAGUGUGUGAUUUGUUUCUAAACGCUAUCCAACGAAUGUAUGAAAUUUUCAAAACUUGAAAGGCAUCUAUCAACUAAACAUCUUGAAUAUGUAGGAAAAUCUCUCGAUUUUUUUCAAAUCAAGAAAAAAAAUCUUUCUAUGACUAAAUCAGUCAUGGAAAAAUCUUCAAAACAAAACAUAACAAGUACCCAAGUUUCUUAUGAGCUUUCAUUGUUAAUCGCAAAGAAGGGGUUAGCUCACACUGUGGGAGAAGAACUUAUUAUUCCCACAGCAAAAAUAAUAAGUAAUGUUUUGUUUGAUGAAAAAUGUACCAAAAAAAUUAAUGAAAUUCCGUUAUCGAAUACGACUGUGAAAAGAAGAAUUGUUGAAAUGUCGGAAAAUGUGAAAAUAGCUAUUAUUACUGUCUUAAAACAAAGUGAAUAUUUUUCGCUGCAACUGGAUGAAAGCACAGACGUUGCUGCCCAAGCUAAUUUAUUAGCUUUUGUUCGUUUUGAGUUGAAUGGUAAUAUUGAAGAAGAAAUGCUGUUUUGUCAGUCUUUGUCGACAAAAACAACUGGCGAAGAGAUUUUUAAAUCUGUUGAUAGCUUUAUAAAAGAAAACGAAGUAGAUUGGUCAAAGUGUGUAGGUUUGACAAUUGAUGGGGCACGUGCUAUGUCUGGAAUUCAUACUGGAUUAAUUGCCAGAGUUAGGUCAGUUGCUCCUUUAGUUCACUGGACACAUUGUACAUUGCAUACAUAGAGGCUCUUGCAGUUAAAGGUUUGGACGAGUGUCUCAAAAAUACUCCUGAUGAUGCAGUUAAAAUCGUCAAAUUUAUUAAAGCAAGGCCUAAAAACUCCAGACUGUUUGGUGUUUUGUGUGAUGAAAUGGGAAGUGAACACUAA